UGUUUGGUUGUGUGUGUGCGAGUGUGUGUGUGUUUAUGUGUGUCUGUAUUGUUGUGUGUUUGGUUGUGUGUGUGUUUGGUUGAGUGAGUAUGUGUGUGUGUGUGUGUCUGUAUUGUUGUGCGUGUGCAUGUGUGUUUGGUUGUGUUAGGUUGUGUUAGUGUCACAGCUGACCUCAGCAUCAUUAGGAGAAUUGCUUUGAGCGUGUGCUGUGUGUUGUCAGAGCACAACCGUCACUGGAGGAUGAAAUCUGUGCCAUCUGACGUUCAGGGAUUUAUGGGUUUAGACAAAAUUGCUUUUCCCAGUGUGGAGAUUAAACUGUGGAUGUUGACUGGGCAGAUCCCUGCGGUCCUUCUCAGCUUCACUACCAACAGAACAAUGUCCACAGAUGGAGGUGUGAUGACAUGCUCGAGUCUCAAAGUGUCUGGAAUCUGAAGAUUGUCGAUGUGUUUGUCACCAUGCGGCUGGAAACACUACUUGUGUUUGUUUGUGUCAGUGUGUGGAGCGCUACAGGACACAGAUCAGCCCAUAUAACAGGACACAAAGUGGACACCUACAAGCAAAGCAGGUUCCGGAGAGAAACGAGUGUGAAUGGACAGAGUCAGAAGUCUGGCAGCCCGAUUUUCAGAAGAAGUCCAGACAUGACCAAAUCUCCCAUCACUAAAUCAGAGCAGCUGUUGAGAAUCGAUGACCACGACUUCACCAUGAGACCGGCGUUUGGAGGACCUCCGAUACCUGUGGGUGUGGAUGUUCAGGUGGAAAGUCUUGACACCAUCUCUGAGGUGGAUAUGGACUUUACCAUGACGCUGUAUCUGAGGCAUUACUGGAAAGAUGAGCGCUUGUCCUUCCCCAGCACCAACAAUCAGAGCAUGACGUUUGACAGCCGUCUGGUGAAGAAGAUCUGGGUGCCCGACAUGUUCUUCGUUCAUUCCAAACGCUCCUUCAUUCACGACACCACCACAGACAACGUGAUGUUACGAGUCUAUCCCGACGGAAACGUCCUGUACAGUCUGAGAGUCACCGUCACCGCCAUGUGUAACAUGGACCUGAGUCGCUUUCCUCUGGACACACAGACGUGUUCUUUAGAGAUCGAGAGCUAUGCGUACACAGAUGAUGAUCUGAUGCUCUACUGGAAGAAAGGCAACGAGUCUUUGAACACCGAUGAGCGGAUAUCUCUCUCUCAGUUCCGCAUCCUGAAGUUUCACACCACGACUAAACUGGCCUUCUACAGCAGCACAGGCUGGUAUAAUCGACUGUACAUUCACUUCACUCUCCGUCGACACAUCUUCUUCUUUCUGCUGCAGACCUAUUUUCCAGCCACGCUCAUGGUCAUGUUGUCCUGGGUGUCUUUCUGGAUCGACCGCAGGGCCGUACCUGCACGAGUUCCUCUGGGUAUCACAACGGUUCUCACCAUGUCCACCAUCAUCACGGGAGUGAACGCCUCCAUGCCCAGAGUCUCUUACAUCAAAGCUGUGGACAUCUAUCUGUGGGUGAGCUUUGUCUUCGUCUUCCUGUCGGUCAUCGAGUACGCCGCCGUGAAUUAUCUCACCACCGUUCAGGAGCGCCGAGAGAGAAAGCUGAGAAAUCAACUGCCUUGCACGUGUGGGAUAGCAAACCCAGAGGAAGAUAUGAUGAUGACCGCCUGCUACAGCGACGUAGAUCCCAACACCACGGGAAGUUACGGGAUGCCGGAGAACGGAGGCCGUCAGGAGCGCAUCAUGGCUCAGCUGACGCUGGCGAAGGGACAGAGGACGGGUGGAGUCAAGAGCACGCGAGGAUACGUCAACAUCUGGAUCGAUACUCACGCCAUAGACAAAUACUCCCGAGUGAUCUUUCCUGGAGCUUACACACUCUUCAACAUCAUCUACUGGUCCAUCUAUUCUUAACUUUGACUCUGAAACGUCGGCACGUGUAAAACCUCACAACUAUGAGAGAAAGUUCAGCGCGUCUCUCCGCCUUUAUCUUCAACUAUAUGGAUUGUGUCACAGAUGUUUACAGCGAUAGGUCAUGUUCAUACUGUAUGUCUGCUCAUGCUUCUUCAUCUGGACAUGUCAUCUCAACAUCCACGUUUGUCAGAUCCCUGGAAUGUUUCCAGGGUGGUGGAUAUUCUAUUAUAUCAAUUAUGGUUUUUGAAUAUGUUCAGUAUGUUUGUAAUGUGGAUUUAGGGGGAAAUGCAGUGAUUAGGUAUAAUGGCAUAGUUUAUUUUUGGGAUUAUGUUCUAUUUAGCAGUGGGUAAACAAACAGAAUUAAACGUGUGUGACUCUGAUUCUGAGGAUGGUUUGUAAUUUCCACAAUGACACGUCAAUGGGACCGCCGCUCCAUGUCUGUGAAUACAAAGGACUUUCAAAGACAAGGGUUCUCUACUGAAAAAAAACGCUAAAUCCGGUUGUCUGAUCUGAACUGGUCUCGCAGCCUGGGUUUAGUUGGUCACAUCAAGCUGGUUGGCCGGUCUUAGCUAGUUUAAGAUGGAAGUGGCUAGAUAAAGAUGGUCAAGCUGGUCUUCCAGCCUAACCCUCACAUAGACCUCUCUUAAACCAGCCUGUUUCACCAGAUUAAUCAACUAAAACUAGGCUGUAAAACCAGCUCAAACCGUCUUGGGCUGCUUUUAGCA